AUGUUGAGGAACGUACAGCGACCUACUUGAGCUGUCAAAUUCUAAGCAUGAGCUUUUCUGAGUUUUAUACCUCUAAGUACAAAUACAAUUAAUAAGUUUUUGAUAAGAAUAUUUGCUGAAUUAAUUCAGUUCUGUGGAUAGAAUGGGAAGUGCUCGUUUUAUUAUCAUUUCACUGUGUUUUGAUAUAAGUAAGGUUUUGUGAGAAAAGAGCGGUCAAUAAAUUAAAAACAAGUAUGGAGAUUGGACCAAUAAUUACUGAAUUUUUUUAUUACAUCAAUAUUACACUCGGAGAUGUAUCUCUUAAUUUUUUUUACCUCUUUUACCUUGAUCUUACUUAUUUUAAGACAAAAACAUAUACACACGCGAAGUGCAAAUUAUUUCGACCGCAAAUUUCCCCGCUGAACUAGACCGCACUAUUUGAUGCCAUAAUACCUACGUCUUAUAAUAGCUGAAUUAUCAAAUGUUUCACAACCCAGUUACCGCAUAUUGUACGCGGUAGAGCGCCAUCUAGUUGAGCAGUCAAAUUUUCGUCCACAAUAUACUACUUAAUAACUUGACUAAACCGAUUUUAGGACAGUUGCAAAAUUAAAGACGUUCUCUACCCCGCAGUAGCGGCUAAGGAAGUAAAUGAAAGUUAUUUUCGUAACGAAUAAGCUUUAAGUCCGAGUCCGAGGCAGGAUUCGGUAUCGUUGUCCCACUCGCGCGCGGCGUCUGCCGUCCUUGUCGCACCUAUAUCGCGGGACAAGUACGUAUGUCAAUCCUAAAUCAUGAAAAGAUCUCAAUAGUUGCAUGUUAAAAAGCAUAGACAAUUAUUUGGUUUAUAAAUGCCAAAACGCCCGUGAUAAUAAAUUUCCCAAGACCAUCCCACGCGCUUGUUUAAUAAAUAAUGUCUAUGAUUAAUUAUUGUCUAUAGCAAAAAUCAGAGACUAUAGACAGGACUCAGAUUUUUGCUAAAAUUCUUUCAUUUACCAUAAAGAAUAAUCAGAACCUUAUUUCGGAUGUUUUCAAUGUCCUUGAAACUUAUGUAUAUUUAAUAAAAUUUCCAAUCGCAAAAACUGUUUUCGGGACGUCGCCGCGCGCGCCACCUGCCCCACGGCAGACAUUUAAUUUUCCAGAGAUGUGAUAAUAGAGUAACUAUAAUACAGUUGUAUGUCUGGCGAGGUUUGUACUGUGCUUCGCUUAUAGCGGCGUUGCCAGCUCGCAAGGCGCCGCUGGACUCCUGGUGGAACUUUUUAAAUUAUGGACUUUGUGGAUAAAGGCGUUUAUACACUUAAACUGUGUAAGCGCUGCGUAACUAAAGUGCGGCCAUGGAGUAGGAAGAAUUUUAUCACUGAUUUUUUUAUAUUAUCAUGUGUAUAGUAUAUAACAAUAAUUUUCAGCGUAGUUUUAGGAAUAAUAAAAUCACGUACUAUAUGUUUAUCUUUAAUUUGUGAUUGACGAAUUGUUUUUAUACAUUUGAUUUUAUCAUAAUGGUAAUAUUGAAGCAUUAUACUAUUGGACGAAAAGUUGGAACAAUCGACUUUAUAUUAUUUAUGUUAAGGUAAAAAAUUUACUGAAUGAAAAAUUCAUGGCAAUCGAAAAAUUUAAUUAUGUUAGGUACUUGUACAUGGGCUUGUUUUUUUCUCGUCAUACUAUGAUUUAUUUAUUAAUUAAUUCUUAAGGAAUGUAUUAGAUUUCUAGUUGGUGGCAAUAAACUUUUCUUUAAUCGCUUUAAACGACCAAUGACAUCAUACGAAAUACUUCCUAUUCAAUGGCGUCACUUUACGUAAAAUAUACAUAUAAUUAUGCACAAUAACAUCAUUAGAUCCACGCUUAGUGUUUGUCUUUUAGCAAUGUCGGUAUGUUUUCCCUUGUCGCUCGUAUUAUUGCGCGAAAGCGACAAGAGAGAAAACUUCAUAUUCUGUUAGUUUUUCUUGUAUUAAAGUAAAAUUGUAAAUAUUUAACUACUAGGAGUCCAGCGGCGGUUUCCUCACGCAUCCACAUCGCUAGCAGCGGCGCGCCGCCGUCUAUCGCAACUAUUAUUAGAUCAAAUGUUUCCAUGGGCGUCGCCGGGGGCAGAGAGCAUAAGUUUAGUGCCCCCGCCCCCUAGAUAAUACAAUUUCUAACUAAAUGUAUGCCCGCCCUCCCCUUGGCCAUCGGCCAUAUGAACUGCCCUCCUAGCCAGCUGGCGACGCCCUUGAAUAUUUAUUUGGCUAUUCACCAAAACUGAACUAGAACUUGGUAAUUGUAGCUCUAAAGGUGCAGUCAGAUCUGGCGAAUCAGCCAUUCGCGAAUAAUUUGCGAAAGGAUCGCUAACUGCUCGUGUGUAUUUCGCGAACGGUGUAUUCGCUAGAUCUGAGGUCCUCUCGCGGAAAACGAAAAUAUUCAUUUUUUUAUCUGCAUCUCUAUCGCUCGAAUGGGUGAUAGAGACAGAUAAAGAAAUUUCUAUUUUCGUUAUUCGCGGUAGGACCACUGAACGCAACUUAUUGUUUAUAAAUUGACAUGUACAUAUUUGUGCAGCAUUAUGUUGUAUUUUCUCGCUUGCAUAUUAGUACCUCUCAUUAUAGUCUACAAAGAGGGAUUACUGUGCGUCAAGAUAGAAAAUACAACUAUGAGGCCUCAGAGCUAAAUACUACUGUCUCUCUCUAACAGUAAGAGUAACUGUCGCUCUUCUAACACGUUGCGGAGACGGCGGCGCGCCGCUCCUGUUGAAGUAUUUUAUGCAGCAAUUUAUUUUCCUGACGAAACAUUUUGUAAUCUAAUAAAUGAUGGCUAUUUUUCUGAUGUUUUAUUUUUGUGACGGCGAAUGAUUUUGUACGGUUCGCACCCUGAUGCGACACCAAAACGUGACGCACACGCUAACAUGAUUUUCCCUAACUGGCAAAUUAAAUUUUAGUUAUUACACCUUGGAUGAAGCACAAGGUAAUCAUUAGAAUAACAUAGUGAGCAGAUAUUUUAUGACACGAUUUAGAAAUCUUAAAUAAAUCGGUUAGAGCUAAAAAAAAGUGGGCGACUUGACUGUGGCGUCACACAAGAGGCAGGUGCCCCCUCCCCACGGCCUUCAGCCACAGCAACUGCCCCUCACCCCCUCCUCCCUAGCCCAUCAGCUGGCGACGCCUUUGUACUCCGCCAUGUUUUGUGGCAACUGUCUCUCUCAUUCUUGCCACGAGCAGGCAAGUGCGAAUGAAAAGUUUUACGACCCCAGUCAUCAGGUUUGCGUAUACUAUAACUAUGCUUAAUAGUUACCCCAAUGCCUUACUAUCCCUGUUACUGAAUCCAAGCGUCUGGCAGCUGUUCAUUAGUGAACGUCAAAGAAUUGAUUAAAAGAUGCUAGUUGUAGUGCUCUAGGGUUUGAUACAGUAUAAAGAGGAAUUACUUAUUUAAUUCGAACGGAACACUGCCAGGCGUUUCUGUGGGGGCUUUUGUACAUAAACCUCCUUUGUACAAUAUAAUUUCUUUGUAUAAAAGCCCUACAUAUGACACUGACAGUUUGUCAAAAGUGCACAUACAUUUCGCCAUAUUUUCAAUCGAAUCAUGUUGAGGUUAUUGUUAUUGAUGGUAUGCGUGAGCCAGGCGCGUGGCGAAGGCGACGCCAUUCUGGAGCCGUUGCUCCUGGGGGGAGCCAUGCCGGCGGCGGUGUGCUCGGGGGCGGCGGGGGAGGGCUGCGCGGGCGCGGUGUGGGCGCGCCACUGGCUGCUGGCGCGCGCCUCGUGCCUGGCGCGCGCGCGCCUGGCCCGCGCGCCCGUGCUGCUGCUGCAGCGGCCUGAGGAAUGCCGAGCCUACAAUGGUUCCGAACCCCCCGGCCUGCAAGCGCUAGUCAGCUUCAUGCACCCCGGCUACUCUCUGCCCGCAUUCGACGACUACGAAGAGCCGACCAGGCCAAACCCGCUGGAUGCUGCUUUGGUGCUCCUGUCUGCGCCCGCGCCGCCUACGAGCGCUGACAACCAUUCGGCUACCAUUGCUCUGCUACCGCACCUAAGUUCGUGGCUGCGCUACGUGCCGCUGCGCGUGUCCUCCCCGCGCGCGCACACCCCGCUGUUCCCCCUGCGCCUGGCGCUCGCCACCGUGGUGGCGCCCUUCACUGGGCUGCUGCUCACCUUCUUGCUGCUACUGCGAUGGCCAGAGCAGACCGUUAAGGAGGCGCUGGUGGAAUAUGAAGAACUGGAUGAUGAGGCUGAGGCUUAACAUAAUAAUUGCUACUUUUUAACUGUUAAUUGAUGGGAUAAUAAACGAAAACUUGUUUAGCAUGUCUUGACCAAUUUUUA